AGCUACGGUAAUGGGCGGAAGCCGUAAAAUAUCAGGCACCUGCAGAUGCUUUGCUCAAUUGCAAAAUGAAUAAAGUAGGAUUAUGAAGAAUAUGUGUAUACGGUAACUAUAAAGUACGUGAACAUGCAAAAAUAAUUUGUUUGAAAAUAAAUAAAACAUAAAAUGGCUAACUUCGUGGUCAUUUCUUUGUUUAUAACUCCAUCGUGGCAGUGAGAAUGUGGUGUUUUUUAUUUCUAUUAAUUUCAUACAUUUCCCUUGUUUCAAAUGCAAUCUUGAAUCCCUGCGAAGUUCUGGACAAAACUAAAACAGAUUUGUCAUUUGUAACUGUUCUUUUCAUUAAUUUGGAAUACACCCCAUUCGUAGCUCCAAAAGUGGCGAAGAAUCAAAGCAUCCAAGACAUUUUCGAAUCUUUGAAUAAUCAACACUUUCACUUAUUCAAAUUUAAUUAUUUACCACAAGUCAUAGAGACUUUUAUGAAAUGUUACGGAAGAGACAGCGGACUUCAAAUUGAAAGUUUAUCGUUUGAGAAACAAUUAAGUGUAAUGCAAAAAUGUAAUUUGAAAACACGUGGCAUUAAUCAAGCUCUACUUCGUGGGAAAGUUAUCAGAGUAUUUGAAUCUCUGGAAUUUCUGACUACUUGUGGACCUCAUCAACUGGAUCCGCUGCUUUUGAGUAUUAGUUCGGAAUCCACGGCUUUGGUUCGUCAGAAGAUUGGACUUUGCCACCAUCAUGAUUGUAAACUUUUGAAACUUUUUGGAUUCGAUGCAAUUCCGUUCACAACUGAAUCUUUGUUUUAUGAAAAAUUGGAGACAAUUGUGGACAGUUUUGCAUCUUUGAGUUCAGCAUUUCUCAAUAUCUCCGAUGGAAUUGAGCCGAAGUAUAUGUACUUUUCAUCGGUUCCGACCAGUUAUACCCCGAUUUGGCCAUCUCUUGUAGCAGUUUUUGUAGUUCUCAUAUUCUUUGUCAUGGGGCUCAUUCUCUGUUGUUGUGGCCUUUUCAUGUUUGGAUUGGUAGAGGAGGAUUUCCAGAAACGAAACGAAGAAAAUGAGUGGUUGGAAGCAAAUCGUAGGCGAGAAGAGUAUUUGAUUAAUGCACAUGAAGAUCCAAUUGAAAUUCCGAACCUUCAUAAUCAGGAUAACUCAAGAUCAUCAGAAUCGGAUAUGCUUCCACAUACAGCCAAGAGUCACAACAGCAUGGUGAGCUCCACUUCAAGUACCGCUGUUGUUACUGACAGAACUCAAAUGUCCGAAACUGAACCACUUAUACGGCCAAAUCCGAAACACAACUAGAAACUGCAAAUGAAUAGAACUAGUUAAAAUGUUUUUAUUGAAACGAAGAGUUCCCGUAUUCAAAAUUUUGUAUUUUUAUUUUCUCCAGACUAUAUAUUGUUCACCGAGACUGUUGUAUUCCGCCGAACUUUUCUUCGAGUUGGGAACCGUCGGAGGAGAGCAUUAUUAGCCACUGCUGACAUUUGAGCUGAAAAAAAAAGAGUUUAACCGAUAAAGAAUAAUAAAUACAGGAAUGAAGCAUUGGGUUAUA